CUUGCUGUAUAUGAAACGUGACGUAUUAUCGUGUGCAAGAAAUAUUCUUUCUCCGUUUAAACUCGAAAUUUAACAACAGUUUCAUGAACCUUAAAUUUAUUUUACUUAUUUUAAGAAAAGUCUGGAUCACAAUAAUUGCAUAAUAAUGGACUACUUUUCGGACUCGAGCUUGUCUUCAUUAUCGUCUUCCUGUGAAAGUUCUGACAGUAGCUGUACCAUGUCAUCAGAAUCCAGUUACAUGUCUUUUGAGGAUACCAGUGAUAUUUUUAUAUCUUCAAACUCUUCAGUUACUAUCUUUGAGCAGGAGGGUCAAAACAAAACGAGAUUUUCCAUCGUAAUGCAAGGGAAAAAUUCUACAUCUAAUAGCCCACACGUCUCCUUAAAUAUAACCGACAGACGUGUUAGAAAAAAUAGCAGAACGAUGAAGAAUCGUAAAAAGAAAUCUCCACUGACAUUAGACAUUCCUGAUGAGCAGACUGAAGGCAUAUGUGAAAACGCUAUUUCACAUGGAACAGGAGAACCAAUUAACAGUGGUCUAAAGUGCCCCGUAUGUCUGAACUUUGUAGAAAACAUAGUGCGAAAUGGUAUAAAUAUGGUAACCACACCAUGCGGUCAUCUAUUUUGUAACGAGUGUAUGGACAGCAUACUGAAACGGACAAAGCAAUGCCCAACAUGCCGCAAAAGCUUGGUUAAACAACGCAUUCGAAAGAUUUAUCUCUAAAUACUACUCAUAGUCGCAUACAAAUCUUAUCCUAAAAAUUUUAAAAAUGAAUUUCUACGCUUUUAAAAAGAAUACAUUUGAUUCUAAGUGAUUCAUUGAAAAUGUGUGUGUGUUUUGUUUUAAUUUCUUGCACACCUUUUUUGUAAUUUACAUUAUUUUUAAGUAGAGCGAUAAAACUCUCUUUACAAACCUCGGUACUAAACCUGCUGCGUUUAUAUAUAAUACCUGCCCAAUGCCUAUUAAAAAUAGGCAUAUAAAGGUAUUAUAUAACAUACGUUAUUCAUAAGACUAUAGUCUUAUGAAUAACGUAUGUUAGGCACGUCAGGAUAUUCAUCGAUUAAGAAUAAAACAAAAAUAAGCAGUGAUCCUCAGACUUAAACACGAAUGCGAA